AUGGCUGAGAUAAACAAGGAUGAGGUUGACAUUGUCAUUGGAGCUUUGGAGACCUUUCUUAGAAGUGGUGUCCCAUGUGCUGCUUCCUGUGGACUUUGGCUUAACUUAGCUGAUCUUGAUGCUCCAACACAAGCUCUCAAGACAGAGCAAAGAAACACUUCCUACGUCGACGCGGUUAUCACUGUCCCUCUCAAGGCUAUGCUGCCGGUUAGUGGGAUAAACAUUGCUUUUAACCGUGAGUUGGUUGGUCCAGCUUUGGUGCCUGCGCUUAGAUUGGGUGGAGAAGGGAAAGUGAGAUGGGAAACGCUUGAAGAUGUUUGGUGUGGGAUGUGUUUGAAACUUAUCUCUGAUCAUUUGGGUUAUGGUGUGAAACCAGGAUUGCCUUAUGUGUGGAGGAAUGAGAGAAGAGAUGCUGUGGAGAGUUUGAGGAAGAAAUGGGAAGGAGUUGAUUUGAUGGAGAAGAGUGUUCCCUUUUUUGAGUCUUUGAAGUUGUCUGAGAGUGCACUUAAGGUUGAAGAUUGUGUGAUUGAGAUUGCUAAAGCGGUGAAAGAGCAGUAA